CAUAGCGUAGUAGUUAGAAGAGGAAAGAAGGAGAAAGAGAGUCACUUUCUGACGCUUAGACAGCCUCACUGUCUAUAUGUAGUAGAAAACAGCAUAACACCUGUUGGACAUUAUUGGAUUUUUUUUCUUUUACCUUACCUACAGAGCAGUAUUGAAGGUGGCUGAUAGUUUCUUUGGUUUUGCUCAGAAUGGUGAUUGGAAAAGCUCUCGCUCAGGAGAGAGGCUUCAGCUGUAAGCAGGACGCUGCCAUGUGAAAGGAAUUGCUGCAUGAAGCUCAUACACAGAGAUGGAGCUAAAGGUGUGGGUGGACGGCGUGCAGCGCGUAGUCUGCGGCCUGUCCGAAGAGACAUCCUGUCAGGAUGUGGUCAUCGCUCUUGCUCAGGCAAUAGGACAAACAGGUCGCUAUGUCCUGGUCCAGAAGCUGAGGGACAAAGAACGUCAGCUUGUUGCUAAUGAGCGUCCUCUGGAAGCCCUGGCCAAACUAGGCCAGUUGAGCAGUGAAGUACAGUUCAUCCUGCGGCGCACUGGACCCACCAGCAGCGAGGGCUCCGACCUGGACCGAGUGCCUUCCUUCCCAAAACUCCUGGAACCAGAACCUCCGAAGAGUAAAGUGCCCAAGAAGGCUCUCAGCUUCAACCUGGGGCCAUCUACCUCUUCACAACCUUUUGUUAGUCAACCCAAAAAUGUGCCAAAGGACUCUCCAGAGCAACGAGUGCCCCAUGGUCCUCCUGGAUCAUCCCAUGCCCAAGCUGGCCCGUCCAAAGAAGAGGUCUUCCGGCAGAUUCUUCAGCAGCAGAGCAGAUUGCAGGAUCUCCAGGCCCACUUGGAAGCUCUGGAAAAGCAGGCCUGGGUUUUAGAGCAACCUUCACCUCCGAGCUUUUCCCCAGACCUUAUAGAGGAGAUGAACUAUCUGGAAGACAAAUUUAGGCACAGUGAGGCAGAACUGGCCCAUGGGGAGUACUGGGAGUCUGAGUAUCACUCUGAGGUUCAGAAAGAACAAAGCAUGCUCAAACAACUAAGAGAGCUCAAUGUAGCUCUAGAUGAGCACAGCAGGAGGAUUCAUGACACAGAAACCCAGUCUGGGAGACUCGAGCGUGACAUCCAUCUACAAGAGAACAGGCAAAAUGGUAUGCGUCACACACAGGCUAAUGUGGAGCAAUCUCUUGGACAGGUCAGGGCACAGCUAAGUGCAGUGCAGCAUCAGGGAUCUGAACUGAGUUCUUCCCUUGAGGAGACAGAAGACGCUCUCAAAAUGGCAGAGGAACUGCUGCAGGCUAAGAGCAGGGAGCUGGAUGAACUAAAUAAGGAACUACGGCAGUGUAAUCUCCAGCAGUUCAUCCAGCAGACAGGAGUUCCUUCACCUCAGCUCAGUGUCCCAGCAGAUGACCUAGACCUUGCUUACCUCAUGCCAGAUGGACAGAGCGAUGAAGACUCAAAUCACUCAGUGUUAGAGUUCAACCCUCGCACCACUGCCAAGCAGAUCCUGAAUAAUCCUCGCAGUCUGCAAAACCCGCUGGUGUCCAGCCUCCAUCCAGAGGUCCUGCAAUCGAGAGAGGUGUCAUGGCGAUAAAGAUGGGAUUACAAGCCUGAGGAUCUAGUCACUUUAUGUCCUGUCUAUAUAAUAUGAUUUUCUAAUUAAGUAUAUGUUGUAUUGUACCAUUUGAUAAAAUCUGUUUGUGAAAAUGUUAUGUGGAAGCACAUGUAUGUAAAUAUUGUUAUCUUUGUAAUUAUUAAAUAGCUUAAGAUAACUGUUCAAUGUAUUUUAUAAAAGUUGUAUUUUCAUUCAUGAUUUCUAAACACAUCUAUAAACAACUUGCAUUAUUAAACAACAUACAAAAUA